AUGACAUUGUCUAUGAAAGCUAUCCAAAUUAAGAGUACAGGUGGUGUGGAAGUUUUGGAAUAUAUUACCAUUGAGCGUCCUAAAAUUACUGAACCGAUGGACGUAUUGGUGAAAAACAAUUUUAUUGGAGUGAAUUUUAUCGAUACAUAUCAUAGAUCUGGAGUUUAUAACCUUUCGCUUCCUGCAGUACUCGGUCGAGAAGGUGCAGGCAUCGUAGAAUCAGUUGGUGAUGGUGUAAAAGACAUCAAGCCUGGAGAUUGUGUAGCUUACCUUGGAGCUUCAUCUUAUGCCGAAUAUACAAAAGCGCCUUCAAGCUAUGUUACUAAAGUGCCAAAUGGUAUCGAUUCAAGAUUGGCUGCUGCUUCUCUUCUUCAGGGUCUAACUUCGUGGACCUUGGUAACUCAAUCUUAUGAAGUGAAAAAAGAUGAUUGGGUUCUUAUCCAUGCAGCCGCGGGUGGUACCGGUCUUCUUCUCGUGCAACUUGUGAAAAAUCUUGGUGCUCAUGCAAUUGGUACUGUCUCUAAUGAUGAGAAGGCUAAAUUAGCAAUUGCCGCUGGAGUGAAACAUGUAAUUAACUAUACUACCCAGAAUGUUGUUGAGGAAGUCAUGCGUAUUACCGAUAAUCAGGGUGUACAUGCAGUUUUCGACGGAGUGGGCAAAGAUACUUUCGAAAUUUCUCUGGCUUGUGCACGUCGUUUAGGAUCGUUUAUUUCAUUUGGAAAUGCGAGUGGCAUAAUACCACCAUUUGAUAUUUUAAAGCUUUCUGCUAAAAAUUUAAAGUUGAUGAGGCCUACGUUAUUUAAAUACAUUGAAACCGAAGAAGAGUUUAAAAAGUAUACAGCAGAAUUAUUUACGAUUAUUAAAGAAGGAAAGUUGGAUAUUAAAAUUUGGAAGACAUAUAAAUUAAGCGAUGUGAAGCAAGCCCAUCAGGAUUUGGAAGGAAGAAAGUCAACAGGAAAAUUGAUACUGCAGCCUUAA